AUGGAUGCAGGACAUUCUUGUUGGGUUGUUACGUUUGCGUAAAUGCGGGAAGAAUGUAACUUGUCCAGAACUCAUGGGAAAGUGUUCUGUUGUCCGGGAGCUUCAUGUAUAUGGAACGGCUGUACCAGUUCAUGGUCGAGAGGCUGAUAAGUUGCAACAUCAGGGUUAUGGUACCCUUCUAAUGGAAGAAGCAGAGAGGAUUGCUAGAAGAGAACACAGAUCUAACAAAAUUGGUGUAAUUUCUGGUGUAGGAACUCGGCACUACUACAGAAAGUUAGGUUAUGAAUUGGAAGGUCCUUACAUGGUUAAGCAUCUUCUUUGAAAUUAUGUUACUUCAAAACCAAAU